AUGACAACAUCACCAAAGCGUAUUGGACGGAAGGGUCCAGUGACGCCACCUCUACCACCUGAUGAAGACAAUGAUGCUACAAAGCCUGCAACUCCUAAGCGAUUUCAUCUUGUUAUGGACAACAUAUCUUCUAGUGAUUCUGAAGGCGAAUGUGAAAAAGAAGUUAAACCAAAAAACGUCAUCGUAGAACCAAAAAUCAGUUGUUCUGAUCCUCCACCAAGGAAACAACGUAAAGUAGUUCGAUCAUUUCUACAUGAGCCUGGCUUCGAAAAAUUCAAACAGCAACUCAGCGAGAAAUCGAGCAGAAAAAAUGGACCCAAUAAGACAGAUAAAAUCGAGACAGCUGCUGAACCAGUAUCAGAUGAUGAUGAGCAAAUGCUCGAUCAAUUGCGUACACGUAUAUCUCGAGAUGCAUUACUGAAUCCAAAUUUGUUCAUGCAAAGAUGUCACGAAGUCAUUCGGAAUGGAGAUUUGAUGGGCGGAAAUCUCAAAGAUGACGAUAUUUCCAAUCAAAUUAAUGUUGCUCUUAUGUUGGAAGAAGAAUUGGAUGCGUUGAUCGAAAAGAAAAAUAAUUUGAAAGAGAAUCUUGACAAAAUGUGUGAUGAAGAACGCAAGUUAAUCCGGGAACUUCAUUCAGAGCUUCCACCAUUCAUGCAAGACGUCGUUCGCAUUGAAGGAGAUGAAAUAACGAUCGUUGACGAGCCUUCGAAAGUUCAUCAUCUAAUGGAAUUAAAGAUGGACAAGGAUAAACCAAACACAUCCAUUCCACCCCCCGAUAUAACCAAAGUAGAUGUGACCCAAAUUACCAUUGUUGAACAAAUAACUAAGAGUGAUAUCGAUGUUUCCAUGAUCCCUACAACUAUCAUAAAAGAAACAGAAGUCUUUACUCAACCGGCGACCUCUUUGCAGCAGACUCGAGACUAUCAGAAGGUAAUAGAUUACCCUCCACCACAGCAUGGGACAAUACCACAGAACACACUAACAAAUCUUGUACCUAACCAAGCACAUUUACCGCCUCCACCUGUUUUACAACUUUCGCAGCCAUUGCAACAGACGGUUUUGCCGAGCAGUCCUCAAGUAUCUGUUCCAAAUAUAACCAGAACAGUGCCAUUGCAACCUACUUCUUACUCUUUGUCGUUCCCUCCUCCCUUCACACCAGCGUACUCUACCACCAAACCUUCUCCCCAAGAAACUCAUCAACAGCACAUUAAGCUGCAACAAUUGCAACAACAAACUGAAUUUCAGCAGGAUCAAAUCCGCAAAUUGCAAGAGCAAAUUCAUCAGUCUCAGCAAUAUGGGCUAUUCCCAUCAGUGCCUAGCAUGAUCUCAGCUGGUAGCGAGGUCCCACCAGUUAACUUGUCCAUGCCACCACCAUGCGUUCCCUAUCCAAUGGGCUUAGAAAUGAAGCCACAAAUUACAUAUGUAGAAGAAAAGCCAAAAAUCACUAGAACGGAAAUAAAUGACAGAGAGACCAUUUUCACUAUUAGCGCACCAGCUAAGAGAAACGUAGUUGUUCGAUAUGAUUACAAUAUAGUGCACCAAAUGCCACCUGUUCCACAGGCACCCAAUGUAAACGUUCCACCUCCCUGUAUUUCCGGAAUUAAUCCUUUCAUGAUGUCAAACGCUAUUGGUGCAGAAAAAAAAGAUGUUGAGUCUACUUCUUCACCCCAGACCUUCCGAGCUGUGAGUGAUGCUGGAACAUCGAAUCCACAACCUAAGCCAGUUAACGAUCUGUCAAAAACAAUUACCAACCUCAUCACUAAGGCCAUCAAAAGCAACAACUCUAGCCCUGUGAAGGAAAACCCGUUGCCUGUCAGCAAUUCUUCCGCAUCAAAUUCGCCAUACACAAAUCCUCCGAGCUUAUUCCAGCUAUCUUUCAAUCCUCCAGUCAAGCUUCAGCGUACCAAUCCACUAGCGUCUAAGCCCAAUUUGCCAAAGUGA